GAGGCUUGGCCGGAGGAGCCGGAGGGAGGACCUCCAGCUUAAACCGGGCGACGACAUGGACAUUCUGAAGUCGGAGAUCCUCCGGAAGCGGCAGCUGGUGGAGGACAGGAACCUGUUGGUGUCUUCUAUGAGACAUCCCUGAGAAAGGCAGGAGGAAUUGAUGGAAUACAUUUGGAAGGGAUUGGCCUUAACUAGGAGGAUGGUUUCCCCUUCCAUUCUGAAAUGAUGAAGGGAUUGGUACAGAUCCAGGAAAAUAAAAAAUAUUUCAAGCGUAGUGAACUUGCAAAAAAAGAAGAGGAAGCAUAUUACGAAAGAUGUGGCUACAAGAUACAGCCAAAAGAGGAUGACCAGAAACCAUUAACUUCAUCGAAUCCAGUAUUAGAACUUGAACUGGCAGAGGAAAAAUUACCAAUGACCCUUUCUAGGCAAGAGGUUAUCAGAAGAUUGAGAGAAAGAGGAGAACCAAUCAGACUAUUUGGAGAAACUGAUUAUGAUGCUUUUCAGCGUUUAAGAAAAAUAGAGAUCCUGACACCAGAAGUUAACAAGGGAUUGAGGAAUGAUCUGAAAGCAGCUUUGGAUAAGAUUGAUCAGCAAUACCUCAAUGAACUUGUGGGUGGUCAAGAGCCUGGAGAGGAAGACACACAGAAUGACUUGAAAGUUCAUGAAGAAAACACCACAAUUGAAGAGUUAGAGGCAUUGGGAGAAUCUUUAGGAAAAGGUGAUGAUCAUAAAGACAUGGACAUCAUUACCAAAUUCCUUAAGUUUCUUCUUGGUGUUUGGGCUAAAGAAUUGAAUGCCAGAGAAGAUUAUGUGAAGCGCAGUGUGCAGGGUAAACUGAACAGUGCUACUCAGAAACAGACCGAGUCCUAUCUCAGACCCCUUUUCAGAAAGCUACGGAAAAGGAAUCUUCCUGCUGAUAUUAAAGAAUCCAUAACAGAUAUUAUUAAAUUCAUGUUACAGAGAGAAUAUGUGAAGGCUAAUGAUGCUUAUCUUCAGAUGGCCAUUGGAAAUGCCCCUUGGCCCAUUGGUGUCACUAUGGUUGGUAUCCAUGCCAGAACGGGUAGGGAGAAGAUUUUCUCCAAGCAUGUUGCACAUGUUUUAAAUGAUGAAACACAGAGGAAAUAUAUUCAGGGAUUGAAGAGGUUAAUGACGAUUUGCCAGAAGCACUUUCCUACAGAUCCAUCAAAAUGUGUGGAGUAUAAUGCACUGUGAGAUCUGUGUAUAAUGUGAAGAUAACAGCAAGAAACUUAAGGGAGCAUGAUAUGGACUUCUGCAGUUACCAGCAGGAAUGAAGGAAGAAGAAAACGAAUUUCUAGACUCUGGUUUCUACCUAAUGCAACUCGUGGUUUUUUAAGAACUGUCUUGGCUCUCCUGUCACAUCUGACUGCAUACUGAUUUGUGUCUUGCUUUUAUUUUAAAUAGUUGAAAAGCUAAGUUCUAAUAGACUCUUCCCCAUAAUUUAAAUGUGUAAACAGUGGUCACAGAAGGUUUAAAAUGACUCUUUCCCUCUAGACCUGAAAGUUGCAGUUAGAUUAUUAAAAAGAAACAUUUGAGGAUGAACUUAAAUGUUUCUGUAAAAUAUGAAUUUUACAUUGUCUUUUAUGUCAUAUUUUUAGAAAAUAUUUUUAUAUAUUUCAACAAAAAUAUGGAACCAUUUAACGAAACUUAUAGUCCUUAAAUGUUUCUGAACUUUUGCCAUCUUGCAAUAGAACUUGAAUGUAAAUGUUAUGACUGUUUACUCAAAUGUUAUUUUUCUUGCAUUUCAAAGCUUGCUUUUAUCUUCUAAUGAAUGUAAAGUUCAUAUUUGUCACCUCUUGGGACAGAUAGAAUUAACAGGAAAUAGAAAUUUGAAAAUCAGAGAUAUAUUAUACCCACAGAAGUUCAAACUAAACCACAGUGCAUAGAGGUCAAGGGGGGAAAAUGGACUGUCAAGCCAGCCAAGAAUGGGGACAUUUUGUGCUUCUGGUUCUUCCUAGAAUAGGACUACCUGUAAGUUUCAUCCUCAUGAGACCUGGGGUGGACUGCUAUUCCUAGCUCCAUCCCUCUAAGCAGCAGAGAAGGGUGCCAUUAUUCUCCUCACUGCCUGAGACAGUAGGUCCUGGGACUGAUUUCAACAAAUGAGAACUUCAGAAUCUUUUAGUGUCAUACCCAGAUAAUUGUGAUGAAUCACUGUGCCUGGGGAGUUGAGGGGGCUCAGCUAAUAGAGGAAAGCUGGUAAUACAAUGUUAGCAGACCAGGUGGAGAGGCGGUACCAGAUAGUGGUAAGAGUGGGGCUCUGUCCGAACUCAGAACUUCUAGCUUCAAGUUUUAGCUCUCCACCUGACUGAAUGACUGUGAGUGAGUAACAAUCUUUCUGAGUCUCAGUUUCCUUAUCAGUAAGUAGUAGUUAGUAAUGGUAGCCCAUGCCUCCUGGCAUCAUUGUUGUGUUACAAGUAAAAAAAAAAAAAGCUUGGUACUGCCUGGCAAAUAAGAGCUCAGUCAACACUAGCCCUUAUCAUUAGGGUGAAGCCAAAGUAGCUGUCAUGAACCCUGUGGUUACGGGCAGUGUGUGUUCACGUAAUGUAACAGUGGUGGUGUUAGCAGCAGCUAUGGGAAUAGAAACAUUUCUUCCACAUUUACUAUAUGCAGGCUCUGGUGCUCUCACUUUGAGCCAGCUCUGUGCUUACAAGGAUAGAAGAUGUGGGAGCUAGAGUCAGCUGAGUAGGUAAGUGGAUGUAGCUUUACAGCCACUUAUUCUGGCCCCUCUGGGGAAGGCUUGAAAGCUGGUUUUGGCUACUUGUGUUCCAGGCCUGGGCUUAUUGUUUCUGCUGGUUACUUGCAUGGAUGGUGGCUGAGGCCUACUGUGCUAGAUUGAAUCAAGUUCCUCACCCCCCAACCCACCCCACUUCCCAUUCUGGAAACUGUUUCUUAGACUUUCCUAAAAUAAGACAACAAUCUAGACUAGGGAUUUUUCAACAAUCUAGCCUCAGCACACUGGUGUGCUGCAAGAACUUUUAAAACAUGCAAUACCUGACUAGUUAGGGCACUGAUCUCUUCUCUUAGAUUGUCAAGUAAAAAAAGACAACAGUCAACACAACAGUAGCUGUCCAGUGUGAAUAAAUCAAAUUAAUACCUAUUUUUUCGUCUGAUCGACAAAACGUAUUUUUGUGUGAGCUACAGAACUUUAGUAAUUAGUUUAUGUGUGCCCUAAGAUGAAAAAGGUUAAAAAUCACUUAUCUAGACUUUUGCCAUGUAGUCAUAUUGUAUAGGACUUGUUUAUAAAUAUUGUUGACUAAAUACUCCCAUGUUACUUUUUGUUUAUUCACCAGGCCACACAAAGCAUGGCAGUCAGUUAAUUUCACGUUCCUUCCCUUUUGUUAGUUAAUAUGCCACAUAAAGAAGAAACCACAUCACGUGAAAGCAGUACCUUCUAAAAUUGAUCAGUGUGGAUAGACAGUUGUAACAUAUUCUACAGGGCUGUGAAUGUCAACCAUUUUGAGCUUGGUUAGAGGGGGGCAUGUUCGAACUUGUACAUCCCUCAAAGAAAAGUUUUCCAUUUCCCUGAAACUAAAGAUUUCAAAUGACUACAAAUAUCAUAUGGGUAUAUUAAAAGAAAGACCUUUUGCAUUCUCUGAAUCAUGAAAAUUAUAGUUUAGCAGUUACUACAUAUUGUUCUUAGCGCUUUCUAAAACAAUGAAGACAUAUCUUAAAAUUAAUCACAAUCCUGAAAUAACUAUUCUUCCCUUUCUUCUUCCCCACCUUCUCAGAAUUGUAUCCAAAGUUGUGUCUUCUUAAUUCAAAUUUAGUUAAAACACUGAUUUCCACUCAAAAGUCAAUAUACUACAUUUCCCAGGAAGGAGUAUUCUUGUCAACACUAAAGACUGAGCGAUAUUUUUCAGCAUUGCAGGACAGAGCCUGUCUGUGGCAGUCUAGAAGUCAUGGCUGUGACUUCAAUUUUUGGGGAAAAUAAAGCUGAAGUCAGAGAGUUGACACAGAGAGAGAGAGAACCAUCCACUUGUAGGAAGGAGGGGAGGUCCUGAGAGACCAGAGCUAGGAAGGAAGCCCACUAAUAAGAGACGAAAGGGAUCUGCUGUGGGCUCUGAACCCUCAGGAUUGGAGGAAUAGGAAAUAGGAUUGAUAGCAGUACAUUUUUAAAGAUGUUAUUAUUGAUUUCAAGGAGGUCUGUCCAUAGAGGGAAAGAGGAAGAACAAAGACAAGCAGCAUAGAAGCCUCUAUAAGAAAACUGCCAGUCAGGAUAGGCUGGCUGUAAAUUAUGUAAAGCAAGAUUAAACAAGGUAUUCUAAAAUAAACGGGAGGUCAUUUAAAAUUAAAAGACUACUACAUCAUGGUAAAUUUUUCAAAGUGAACAUCUCCCAAGUGACUAGCACCCAAGUAAGGCAAGAUAAUGUUACUAGCACCCCAGAAAUCCUUUCAUACCUCUUUCUAGUCAUAGCCAUGUUUUGUUGUUAAUCCUCACCCGAGGAUAUUCUUUCAUUGAUUUUUAGAGUGUGUGUGGCAGGGAGGGGGAGAGACAGAGAGAAACAGUGAUGCAAGAGACACAUCGACUGGCUGCCUCCCAACCAGGGCCAAGGAUCGAACCUGCAACCUGAGACAUGUGCCCUUGACCAGGAGGGAAGCUGAAACCCUUCAGUCUGAAGACCAAUGCUCUAUCCACUGAGCCAAACCAGCUAGGGCGUUAUAGCCAUGGUUUUGAUUAAGCUCACAGCUUAAUACACAGCACUUUAAAAAGGAACCAUAAGUAUGUAUGUUAUAAGGUAGUAAGUAGAGAUACAAAGGGCUACUCUAAAUCAUUGUCAAAUAGAACCUGGUACCCCUGUCCUAUCAGUUUCCAGCUAUCCUCCCUGCCCCUCCAAAAACCCUAAGCAACACAGGAUAUUGACUCAGUGUCCCAGAGAAGAUGUCUGAGUAUCUCCGAUUACUCUGCUAGAUAAUAUAUGGCUGUUGUCACUUUUUUUUAUCUGACAAUCUAAGGGAAAAGAGGUCAGUGCCCCUGACUCAAUAGUCAGGUAUCACAUAUCUUAAAAAUUCUUGUGGUACAUUGGUUGAAAAUCACUGACCUAUAGGGGUGAGAGGAGAUAAAGUUCAGGGAAGCACUUUGGUGGAGGUGGCAUUUGAGCCUUGCAGGCAGAUCUGUAUGGAUCUGAUAAGGGGGAGAAGGACGUGCAGUCCUGAUGGAGCAGCAUGUCUGGGAAACAGCAAGCAUUCUGGUGUAGCUGGCACAGUCAGUGCAUGGAGAGAUCACAGCUAGAAAUACAGGUGAAGUCCAAAUUCAGGUUUAAUAACAUGGUUUCAAAAAGCUAUCGCAUAGUAUGGAAGGAUGGAAUAGAGUUAAAAUGACCAACUAUCUCUUUAAGAAUAUUUCCAAACUUCUCACAUGGUAUGGAAGUCUCUUCACAUUUGAGCACCCGAAUUCCCUCCACUAUUUAUGUUGCUUGGAAUGCUUGUACAUACUCUCUUUUUUCCACUAGCUAGCUAGCUUUUAUGCAUCCUUUGAUACUUGGCUCAAAUGAAAGCAUUUGUCACUUCACCAGAGUUGAAUUCCUUCACUUUCCUAAUUACCAAAACAAGGCCAGUUCCCUGUGGGGUUCUUCCCAUAACAUCUUGUCUACACCAACACCUAUCACACUAUACACACUAUGUUAAUUACUAACUUCUGUUUUUUACCACUUAGAUAUGAGCUCCUUGAGAUUCAUCUCUGUACCUUUGCAUCUAAGAUGGGAUAAAUGUUCAGUGCAAGUUUAUCAAAUAUAAUAGAGGAGGCUAUUUUAAUAAUCUAAAAUAAAAAUUUUAGAUUAUUAUUUCCCACAUGAAAGUGGGAAAUGAAAAGUUUAGGACAGAUACCAAAGCUCAUGUGUUUUACUCAUAGGAGAAACCUUCAGGACCCCACCCUAAAUCUAUUCUUAUUUUAAGAAUAAUUUUAAUAAACACGAUCAUCAGAUUUUAUAACCUAUAAAAGUAUAGUUUCUAAUAAAGAACCUGAAUCAUUAAGAAAAGGUUAAAUUACAGUUGAGCAUACUUCAGCUUAACAAGAUAUAGACAUGUACUAUUUCCAAAGUGUUUUCAUCCAAAUAAACAUGAGCCUUUUUUUUUUUUUGCACACAUCAGUUUACUGACAUUCUGUGAUAGACUGUAGCAAAACAGAACCUCAUACACUGUUUGUGAGGGUGUAAAUUGAUACAACUUUUAUGGAUAUUAUUUAUCACCAGCUCUAGAAAUUUAAAAGGGGGGAUAUUCUUUGGCCGAGUAAAUCUACUUAUAAAAAGUAAAAUGUAUAUACACUUCGAAUAAUUAUAAAGGCAGUGUUUAUUAAAAUACAUUUCAUUUUCCAAUA